CAUUCCCCCGCCACCGCUUGCACCGCCCUGACACAUGUAAAAUUACGUUUUCAUUUUGUAUAGAUAACAGCUAUGAGCUAGGUAACUGGAGAACAUCUCAGUGAAAAUGUCUGGAAAUGCGAAAAUGAAACCAAUCAUCAGUGCUGUUCAGAAAAUAGCUUUGUACGAAACAAAAAACAAAUUCUUCCUCGUUGGCUCAAAUAACAACUUAACGAAAUUUCGUGUCCUGAGGAUUGAUCGAACAGAACCUCAAGACUUGGUAAUCGUAGACGAUCAAGUCGAGUACACUGAGAAGGAAGUACAUUCUCUACUUCACACUGCCAAUAAAGUCAAAGGUUCAGCUAGUCUACCUAAACCAAUUUCUGCAUUCGGGAUUGUUGGAUUCGUGCAAUUUGUAGAAGGAUAUUAUUUGAUUCUGGUAACUAAACGAAGGCGUGUCGCUGCAAUCGGAUUACAUGUCAUUUAUAAAGUAGAAGAUACCACUUUGAUAUACAUUCCUCAUGAGAAUUACCGUGUUCCGAAUUCAGAUGAACCGAGAUACUUGAAAAUGUUUCAGAGUGUUGAUCUAUCGAGUAAUUUCUAUUUUAGUUAUAGCUACGAUAUCACACAUUCGUUCCAAAUUAACGAUGUAGUUCCCGAUGUUUCUCACUUGAUAUCAAGUAAAGCAGAAAGCGAUUCUGUUAUCAAUGGAGUACGUGACGCUCCGAAUCGAAAAUUCGUAUGGAAUAAUUACCUGUUGUCAAAAAUCGAAGGGAAAAUUAACAACGAAUGGAUAUUGUAUAUUAUGCAUGGAUUCAUUAGCCAGGCAAAUGUUUCUGUCUUCGGUAGACCUGUAUAUAUCACUUUAAUCGCUAGAAGAUCGAAUAAAUAUGCUGGGACACGUUUUCUCAAACGAGGUGGAAAUUAUCAAGGUGACGUUGCUAAUGAAGUUGAAACCGAACAAAUGGUGAUAGAUGUAGGGACAUCUUUUUCUACUAAAAUGAGAGUUAGCUCGUUCGUACAAAUGAGAGGAUCAAUACCUUGCCAAUGGAGUCAAGAGAUGAGUAAAAUAGUAGCCAAACCUCCUAUAACGUUCGAUGUUUCUGAUCCUUAUUACGAAAUAGCUGGCGCUCAUUUCAACGAAUUACUUCGAAGAUACGGAUCUCCUAUUAUCAUUUUGAAUCUGGUGAAAAAACGCGAAAAAAAGAAGCACGAGUCCCAACUCACCGAACAGUUAAACUCGGCUGUGAAUUAUUUGAAUUUAUUCCUUCCGCCAGUUCAUCAAAUUCAAUACGUUAGUUUCGAUAUGGCGCGAAUUAAUAAAAGAAAGGAAGCUAAAGUAAUGGGAGGAUUAGCGAAGAUAGCCAAAUCAGCGAUAUCUAAAACUGGUCUAUUUGUUAAAAAUGGACCACCGCUGAGCGAAUCUGUUAUCGAAAAAGUACCAGCAGAAAAUAGCGUUCAAACAGGAGUAAUCCGAGUUAAUUGCGUUGAUUGUUUGGAUAGAACAAAUACUGCUCAGUUCGCUUUGGGGAAAUGUGCUUUGGCCUAUCAGUUAUAUUAUUUAGGCUUAUUGGAUCAUCCUUCGUUGGAAUUCGAUUCAGACUGCGUUAGAUUACUCGAGGUUCUUUACGAAGAUCACGGCGAUACGUUAGCAUUACAGUAUGGUGGAUCGCAACUCGUUCAUCGUGUCAAAACUUAUCGAAAAACUGCUCCAUGGACAUCUCAGGGAAACGAUAUUAUGCAAACGUUGAGCAGAUAUUAUAGGAAUACAUUUUCUGAUACCGAAAAGCAACACGCCAUUAAUUUAUUCCUCGGAUUAUACAUACCAUUGGAACACAAACUACCGAUUUGGGAGCAAAAUAUCGAUUAUUAUUUGCAUCAUCCAGAAGCAGUAAACAUAGUUGAGCAUAAAAAAUUCCCAUUGACUCAAUGGUGGGACGAAGACAUAGUGAAGUGUUUACCAUUGGCUCACGAUUACUUGAAUAAAAGCUGUCUGACUCUGGUCCCUAAUUUGAAGAUGGAUUCCGAAAUCAUCGAUAUCUAUAUCCAUUACCAUAGAACGGAUAAAUUAUCUGUGAUAGGCGAUACUUACGAGUUCAAAAUUAGCCAUUCUAUCAGAGACUUCAUGCCUCAAUGUGUAACAGACUACAGUCCAUUUAUCGUUCGUAUCCGUCCAGCUGGCAUCAGAGGAGAAACAGCUAAAAAUGGUAACAUGAGGAAUCCGUCGCUCACGGGGAAAAGUUCAACUAGUUCGAAUAACUCGAGUUCUAGUUCUAGUUACGAAAGUGACGACGAAGAAGAAACCCAUCAUUAUAUUUCGCAAUAUUCCAUCGUCGGAAAUGAUAUACCACAAGAGCCCGAGAUACUCGUGCCACAGGAAGAAAACAUUUAUGGUCUUUCAGCAAAUCGUUUCAAGUUGAAAGAGAAAGAUCGCGAAUUGUAUACGAAGUACGAAUUCAUCGAUAAAAUUUCAACGAAAGGUAUCGGUUCGCCUUUGCAGGAAAACAUUCCACAAACGAUUUUCAGGAAUCCAAUACAGUUUUCCGUCAGUGUUCCUGUAGUAACGGAUAAGUCGAAUAAUAUUUACGACAAUUAUGUUAAUAAGAUCUCGCGUAAGUUGAUAUCGGAAGACACGCUCUUUAAGUAUAAGAAAUACGUUAAUAACGAUUUAGGUGUUUUCAAAAACGUAAUCGUUAUGCGGUGAAUGAAUUUUUGCAAUUAGCUGACCUUCGUGAAUUGCAAACACUCAACGGGAUAUGAAAUUCAUAAAAUUUUCAUCUCAUAAAAAUUGGAAUUUCAAUUUUGAUCAAGUUUUAUUUUGAAAUUGAAAUUUAAAAAAAAAUUAGUAAAAAUGAGCAUUUUUUGAAAAUUUUGGAGAAUAAACAAACUUUGUGCUUUGAAUAAAAUGAAAUUUUUUGCUAGAAGAGAAUGCUCAAAGAUUUUGAAAAUUAAGUGAAAUUUCAUCUUGAAAUUUGAAAGAAAAAUUACCUAGGAUGUAAGUUUCUCAUUUCAAUGUGAGAAUCGAGAAAUUACUAAAUCUAAAAAAAAAAAACAAAUCAAAUUCCAAAAAGAAAUUAUAAGUAAGGUUGAAAAUUCGAAUCGAUAUAAUAUUUUCCAUACGAGUCUCAGGAGUCUUCUGAAAUAAACAUUUUUUCUAUUGAAAAAUUCUGAUGCUGCACAGAAACAGCAACACAAAAAUGCCCCUACAGGACAAAUUUAAAUCACUGAAUUUCAUUUCUUAAUUUCCGAUGAAUUCAAAAAAAUUCAAAAUUGCCUGGUUUUUCAUUGAAAACUCAAAAUUUGGCCAAAUUGAGAUGAAAGCCUGGAAUUAGGUUCAAAUCUUAUUUUUGACUUUCAAAAUCGAUUAAUAGUGUUUUUGAACCCUUAUAGAGCCUCUAGCAAAUUUUUAUAUUUUCCUGUGAUGAAAAGAUGCUAAAAUUUCAUUUUGGACUUUUUCACAAUUUUUCCAAAACUGGGCAAUCUAAAAAUGUGCUGAAAAAGGCUCCAAAAAUUGAUUCGAGAGAUCAACAAUAAGACAUUAUGCAAACAAAACCUCAAUUGUAUCUUAUAUUUUUUCACAAAAAAAUACCUAGUCCAAAAUAAUAGGUAUUUGAAUUUUCAAAAUUUUUUCAAACAUCGAAAAAUGAAACUCAGCAUCUAAAAUUUUUGAUAAUUGGUGUAUUUUUGAACGCCCUUUCAAUGAGAAACCUCACGACAACGACAGCUGAGCGAAUGCUUCAAUUCAUUUGCCUAUUUUCACCUAUUUUGAAAACCACUGAUACAAACUCUAAAAAAUUAGGAAAUGUAAUUUCGAAUAUUUUAAUUUUUCAAAAAUCAUUGUGAUCGUUGAAAAUUUUGAGUAAUUUCACUGCCAAAAUCUGUUAAUGAAAAACAAUCACGAAAAUAUUUUGUCACGAAAUUCUACAAAAUUCGCACCCAUCGAUAAGAAAUUUUGAUAUCAUUCAACUUUUAUUAUGAUAAAAUUUCAUUAAUGAACAAAAAAUAAAAAUUGUUAUCUUUAUCUUUGACCACCUUAAGGCGUGAAAAAAAACGUUUCCAGAUGAUUUUAUAACCAUGGAGCAGCGGUCAUCGCUCGAAAAAUUCUGAAAAAAUUGCAGGUGGUCGAAAACACCCUGAAAAAUGUAAAAAUAAUUUUUGUGGCUUUUUUCCAGAGUUUGGGCUCUCCUCCACUUAGCCUCCAUAUUGAUUUGAACUUUGAAGUUUUCAAAGUAGAUGUUAGAGUCAAUCGUUGGGGUAAAAAAAAAAUGCGGAAAAUUCAAGGUCACCCUCAAAUAUCUUCACUUCAACACCAUUUUUUAAAUCCACCGGUUAAAGCAGCCGGAAAUAGCCCAAAAUCCCUUUUAAAACACCGGGGGGAGGGGGGUACUGCACUACCCCCUUCCCUCAGGGUCCUUGAGCAUAAUAAAUAAAUAUCAUUUUGGACGUAAGCAAUUUUCUCAGCUUAUUCACAUUUUCCAUCUUUCCUUGGCUUUUAGACAGUUUUCUUUCGAUUUUUGCUUUUUGUGAGAUUUCUUUUUGAUUUUUUUAUGCUUUUUCGUUCUUUCUUUCAAAUAUUUAGCCGAAGUUAGGUAUCCUACGAGAUUUCAGAAUGACCUUCAAUACGUAGGUACAUUUAUUUAUUGAAAAUGAUGAGUUGAUUCGAACUGGGAAACUUGGCAGGCUGGGUAGCUUGCUCAUGUCUACAAAAAAGGAAGUCCAAUAAAAUCAUUCCCAAUAAUUACAUCCUGUGACAGUUGCAAGGUCGCUGUGAAAUUCGCAAAAAUUCAUCCACGGUUACCUAUACCAGUACCAAUUAUACAUGUAAGUACCCAAUGUAUGCAUCGUUAAAAACACAGUUACCAGUAUUCUCAAUUAUGUUAUUAGUACCUACCUAUUUCUAUUUUUUGUAUUGUUUCGAAUGAUUUCAUCGUGUAAUAAAGUAUAUUGCUACACGCGGA